GAGGAAUCUGGAUAAACACUGGAAAUGGAAAAUCUGCUUCUUUAGCAGUUCGGGCCCCUGCACUAGUGUAGUGAAUAGGCCUACAGUAUGUGUUUGUGCAGUGAAAGAUUGGGUGUAGGCCUAUAGGAUGUAUAUGUUAUGUUGAUGGCCUUAUAGGUAUACCUCCACUGUUGUUCAGAUUUUAUUUAAUAUCAGGGCUUUUUGUGUUCAUAGUGAUAUUCACAUUAAGUAUUGUGUGUAGGCUGUAGCAACAGAAUAGUCCGUUGUCAGUAGUGGGUGGAGAUUAAAUAUACCGUAAACACGCCCAUACAGUUGAGAGGCAGUUUCAAAUGUCAUGACGUAGAGUAUUCAUAAACAGGGAUUGGACCAUAACAUUAGGAAUUAGAAUAGGAAAUAAUUAAUUUAAAACGAAAUAAGUGAUUUAAAAGGGAAACAAACUAAAUAAGUAAUUUAAUAAGAUCUCUAUGGAUUGAACCCGUAAAGAAAUGGAAAAUAACAUUGAAAUACGGGAUAUGAACAGAGCAUAGCCAUGUAGCUACCCGAUAAUACAGAUUGACAUAUCUCGCAGCUCUGACGUCGUUGGCCCCCAUGCGCAAAGGGAUUGGCCGAAUUGGACAGCGACUAUUUUAGGUCUGCUGCGCUAGAGCAGAAGGUAGAGACUGUUUCAAACUCCCCUACCUCCAUCUCUGGGAGCUAGAUGGAACCAGGAUCAGCGGGUCCAACCCACAUUGCCUAACCAUGGCAGGUCCUGCAAACGCCGGUAUGAGCCCCUGGUACUCCUCUGGAUCUAGUAACGACGCUCCCACCCCACUCCCAGCCCUUACCGAGGAGAAGCCGCGGAAGAGGAGAGCAUUUUGCCUGCCUCGGAUGAAGUCCAAGAACCGCAACGACAGUGGCAAGCAGCGGCAGCAGCUAGCGCAGCAACCCGUGGCAAACAACAACAACACUAUGCCGUUCAUAAUCCACUGCCAGAUCGGGAAGGAGAUCAAGCACAUAUGCAGCAACUGCCGUGGCGCAGACCCUCGGGACGUUGAGGAGGUGGAGCGAAUAGCGGCGAUGCGAUCUGAUUCACUGGUCCCUGGCACACACACCCCUCCCAUCCGGAGGCGGAGCAAGUUUGCCACCCUGGGGCGUCUCUUCAAGCCGUGGAAAUGGAGGAAGAAGAAGAGCGAGAAGUUCAAGCAGACGUCUUCUGUCCUGGAGAGGAAGAUGUCGACCCGUCAGAGCAGAGAGGAUCUGAUCAAGAGAGGAGUGAUGAAGGACAUCUAUGACAAAGACGGGGCGGUAGUAAUGAGAGGAGAGGAGGAGAAGAUGGAGAACGGGAGGUCUCCAGCAUUAGGGGGGUCUGAUCCAUCGCCAUGUGAUGGAGCUGAGCUGAUGGAUGGAGCAGGGUCAGCCAUAGGUACAGUUGAGUUCCAGAUGUCUGGAGAGGGGGCGUGUCCACAAGACCACACCCAGAAUCCCAGCCAGCCUCCACCCACUAAGAAGGUUAUGGUGUAUCCAGGCGAAGGGGCUGGGGCAGAGUCAUCACAUCACACCAUAAAACAUAAAAAACAACCCCCAGUGCUACCCCCCAAACCGUUCAACAGGCUGCCCAACCACAUCACAGACGGUAUGCCAGUGAAGCUGCCCUGUAUGUCCAUGAAGCUGUCGCCUCCUCUACCUCCUAAGAAGCUGAUGAUCUGUGUGCCUGUGGGUGCGGGGGGGAGCAUGGAGCCCUCGGCCCUCACCUUUCAGAAGUGCCCCCCUCCCUCCCACCACGUGGGGUCCCUGGGGGGACACUCCCUUCACUACGGGACCCUCCCUGUGCCCCUACACCCCCCCAGCCGCAUCAUCGAGGAACUCAACAAGACCCUGGCACUCACUAUGCAGCGAUACAAGAGCUCACUGCACCAUGCGGUUCCCACGGUGAUGAUAGCAUGUGACUACAACAAAGAGAACCUCCCCAACGAGGAAGACUAUCAAGAACUACCUGGUUCGUACAGUGACGAGGAUGAUGAAGAAGAAGAAGAAGAAGAUGAUGAUGAUGAGGAAGAAGAAGAAGAUGAUGAUGAAGAUGAAACACUCUUUACAAGUACCCUGGCUCUGAAGGUGUUGAGGAAGGACUCCCUGGCCAUUAAGAUCAGUAACCGUCCGUCACAGAGAGAGCUGGAGGAGAAGAACAUACUGCCCACACAGUCAGACCUGGAGAAACUGGAGUUCAGGCAGCAGAUAGGCACCAAGCUCACACGGAGGUUGAGUCAACGGCCAACUACAGAAGAGCUGGAACAGAGAAACAUACUCAAGCGCCACAAUGAGCUGGAGGAGCAGGAGGAGAUGAGAGAGCUCAAGAAACGCCUGUCGAGAAAGUUGAGUCAGAGGCCCACGGUGGAGGAGUUGAGGGAAGCUAAGAUCCUGACCCGCUUCAGUGACUACGUAGAGGUUGCUGACGCUCAGGACUACGACAGGAGGGCAGACAAACCCUGGACACGACUCACAGCUGCUGAUAAGGCUGCCAUACGUAAAGAACUGAAUGAAUUUAAAAACACAGAAAUGGAAGUGCAUGAGGGUAGUCGCCAUCUCACCAGGUUUCAUCGACCGUAGUUCUUCAUCUGCCAUCUUUUACAAGAACCUCAAGUGCUGGAUCGCAAACUACUGCCUUUGUGUACCACACCCCUUCGCUUCCAGCCCAGAACACAACAAGACCAGAACUGGACCAGAACCACACUAGAACCAGAGUAGAACAUGUACUGAAACUGACCGGAAACGUAAUCUGAACCUGGAGGGGUGUGUGUACAGAACUGGGCAGCUGACACUACUCCAGGCUCCAGUGUUGACCCAAAAUAUGUGCCAAUAACUGGAGAGGGCAGACUGGACCAAUCACAGCAGUAUCUUGGUCCUGUGGUCAUGUUGGGGUUGCGGAGAGGGAGCAUCGUACACAUGGAGAGAGAUUGAUGGAAAGCACUGGACGGACUUACUGACUGGGUUCUCCUCUAAAUGGAGAUUAUAUGGACUAAAAUGUAUUGUUUUUAACAGCCUUUUAUUAUCCUUUUUAAUUCUGGAGAUAGUUAAUGUGUUUACUUUACUGCACUUUAGUUUUUGACGGUACUCUACGGAGGGGUUUUGGAACUUUAUUCCUAUAUCUGUGCCAACAAGACUUUGGGAUUGUGGGAGAUUGAGUUUGGGAGGGCAUCCGUAAGGAAUACAGAGAGACAUCCUACAUCUGAUUGGUUAAAAAAAGGAUUAUCCUCCAAGGGUUGUUGUUCCUGCCUUUUUAAUACUUUCUGGUACAUUAUUAGUUUGACUAUUUUCCAUUGUGGGCUGCUGUUUCCAAAACAAAGGGACCAAACCUUUUUAAUCUGAUAGUACUGCAGAAUAGGAUUCUGUAAUAAGUGUGUUGUGGUUAAAGUACUACUUACAAUACCGUACACGGUAUGUGCUAUUCUGAAGGAAACUGUAGUAGGAGAAUAUGAUCGGAAUAUUUACCUCUAAAAACGUUGGAAUACAACGCAAAACUCUCCUGUCCGUGUUGUGUUCAUGUUGGGAUAUAGAAAUGUGAACCAAGCAAUAAUUGAACCUUUCUUUCCUCCAUCUGUCUCUUUCUGGGCUGCAUUCAGGUGAACAAGUACUGGGAACAUUUCAGAGAGCUACCCGCUCAAUACCAAAUACACUUUGAAAUGCUGUUGUGGCCUUGAAUGCAACCCAGAUCAUCAUUAUUACUGUUGAGAGUUCUGCAACCCUCUGUAUAGUGUCACUGUGCCUGUUGUAUUCUUUACAGGGAUGAAACCAUUGCCAAAUGUACUUUGUUUGAAUGACAUUUGAUCAAGUAUGUUGUCAAUAUAAUGUUUCAGUAGGGUGCUCCAUAGACUGGUAAGUAUCAGUUAUGAAUGGAAUGGAAUUGUUCAAUUUCUCACUGUUCUCAAAACAGGAAUUGUAUGGUUCCGCCUGGUUUGGCCUCAUAGUGGAGAAGCUACAUUAGACCACCCUUUGGCUGUGAAUGAAAGUACAGUACCACCUUUUGGCUGUGAAUGAAAGUACAGUACCACCUUUUGCUCACAAAAAGCCAGACACCUCAAAAUACAAGGAAAAACAUUAUUCUUGUUUUUUUACAAUGAACACAUGCAGUUGAUGAGUUGGUCUUGAUUGUUUAGUCUGAGAACCCUUUGACUUGUGGUGUAUCCUGGUUGUGUGUGUGUGUGUGUGUGUGUGCGCGUACAUGUUCAUUAGGCACAAAACAGGAAAAUGUUUUACAACGGAGUGCUUAACACGACCCAGGACUCAAUGUUGUCUCCCUGUGCCUCUCUCCUGUAUCCAAACUAACAAAAGAGGACACUCUUUGUAUAAUAUAUGUACAUUAUACAAAAGAAACUUAAAUAUUUAAAUAUGUUUUUCUUUUUUGUACAGAAGGAAACUGCAUGUGAUGAUUGUUAACUAUAUGUUCAUCUUCUAUAGCCCUGUUUAUACCUGGUUCUAACUUGGGUCCUUUGUCCGGAUCUUGUCCAAAUUCUGGUUAUGCCCACAUUUUUAGGCAGGUGUAGAAAAUCAAAAGACACAUUGUGAUCUGAUUGUGAUCAGAUCAUUCUGCCCACUUCCGGAGGUAGUCAGGCAUGCAUUGUGUAGACAGAUCUGGACAGAGAAACCAUUUGGACAGAGAAAUCAUUGCCAGGUGGCACCAUUGACUGAUUACAUCAACAUAUCUUACAAUAAAUAAAUAUUAUUUUGAAAGAAUAACUGUGAAAUAAUUUGCAUAAAGGAAGGAAAUCUGGUCACAACAAAGACAUAGUGUACAGAUAACAGACAUUUUAAUAGCCUGUGUAGGCAUAUUUCUGGACAUGUGGGCACAAUCAGAAUGUAGACAAGAUCAGGACAUCGAACCUAUGAAAGCACCAGGUAUAAACGGGGCUUGUGAUGUAUGCAGUUUCUUAUCUAAAGGAAAUAUAUAAAAAAAACUUUAAAAAACGUUCAUAACUGCUUUUUUCUUCAACCUUCUCUAUUCCAUACAUACAGUGGUGUACGAAAUGAUUGACACCCUGGAUAAAGAUGAGCUAAAUGACUGUAUAAAAUAAAUAAUUCAAAUAUUAAGAUAUAUUGUAUGCUCCAAAAAUUGGAGCCCUUUAUACACAUACACCCAUGUGUAUAAAAUAUUUUAGAAAAAGCCUCAGCGUUUGUAAAUUCACUCAGGCCAUCUACUCCGAUUUCAAAACAUUCCUCUGAGUGUGCCAGAGCGCAGAAUAACUGAGGAGUUUACAAAUGUGCAUCACCUGUUGAAUAUAACUGGUGUCAGUAAACGUCGGCAAAAGAACGUAAUUCAAUUGUUGCCAGCAGCAGUUAGUCAAAAGGAGUCUGUAUUGAAUACAUGCCCACAUCAGGGGAGAUACCUAUUUAGGCAAUCCCUAGCUGCUGGGCUGCUCAGUCCUGGCCCUGGUGGUCUGUUGUCACUCUGGCCAUGGCCUAACACACCUGAAACCAAUAAUGAAUGUUUCACUAAUAUCCUAAAGAUAAGUGGGGUGUGUUGGGUUGGGGCGCUGCAGGGCCGUGGACCCCUAGGGGCAGGACGGGGUGACCGAGAUGUAUUUUGUGCAAAAAGAGCUCUACAGAAUUAUUAGGUCUAUGAUAUUAUAUGGAGGAUGUACUGUUUGUGUGUGUUAAUGUGUGUUUUUAUUCAACUUUGGUUUUUCAAACUUUUCCCUUGAGACAUAAAAAAAGAUGGGAAGGAAGUUGUUGGGGAGAGAGUUGAGUUAUUGACUAGACUGGUGGGGGGGGGGGGGGGGGGGUCAGGCGUGCAGGCGGCUCGGGCUGGCUACAAUUUGAUAUAGAGGAUGUCUUAAUGUGGACAAUCAAAAGUUACAUCUUUGGACUUUAUUUGUAAGAGUUGUUAGGCUAUUGGUUAAAGGUGCAACACAAUAUUGAUUUGAAUUAUCAUUGAUCUAGUUCAGUCUUAAUCACUUAAACAUAUUUAAUAAUGGUCUCUUACCCAGUGGUGGAAAAAGUACUCAAUUGUCCUACUUGAGUAAAAGUAAAGAUACCUUAAUAGAAAAUGACUUGAGUAAAAGUGAAAGUCACCCAGUAAAAUACUACUUGAGUAAAAGUCUAAAAGUAUUUGGUUUUAAAUAUACUGAAGUAUCAAAAGUAAAUGGAAUUGCUAAAAUGUACUUAAGUAUAUUAAGUAAAUCAUUUCAAAUUCCUGAUGGAUAGCCAGGGGCACACGCCAACACUCAGGCAUAAUUUACAAACAAAGCAUUUGUGUUUAGUGAGUCCGCCAGAUCAGAGGCAGUAGGGAUGUUCUCUUGAUAAGUGCGCGAAUUGAACAAUUUUCCUGUCAAAAUGUAACGAGUACUUUUGGGUGUCAGGGAAAAUGUAGUAAAAGUAAAAAGUACAUUAUUUUCUUUAGGAAUGCAGUGAAGUAAAAUUUGGCAAAAAUAUAAAUAGUAAAGUAAAUUACAGAUACCCCAAAAAACGACUUAAGUCGUACUUUAAAGUAUUUUUACUUAGCACUUUACACCACUGCUCUUACCUAGCUUGAUGAUUGUUGGCAUUUUUGCUUACUUUUUGUUCUAAAUAGAGACAGCUAUAGGGCCAUGGGUCAUAUUAGAUUGUGUAGAAAUGCAGGAACUUAGCUGCCCCCAAAUAAAUAAAUAAAAAAUCACAUUUAAACAGACCACAGCCAAGUUAUACACCCCCACACUUCUAAAACCAGACUUGCGCCCCUUACUGAUAGUGAUGCUAAUGUUAGCUAAACAAACACUGUUAGCUACCUACAUUAAGAGCUGUUUUAAUGAAAACAUUGAGAAAACAGUAUUGUAAAGUAUUUGAGAAAGUGUUUGCUAUUGCCAUAAUGUAUGUGGUAUGAUGUUUUAUUUUUCAGCUUUCUGUAGAGCUGUCACUGCAUUGUAAAAUACUCUAUUCUGAUUUCUGUUCUUUACUUUUCAGAGAAAGUAAUAUAUCUGCUGCAUCACGGGUUGUAGGUGAAGACCUUAAGGGAGGCUGCAGAAACUAACUAAAGGAAACUCCUAGGCAGGGAAAAAAACACGUUGGAAUGAAUACGAUCCUUUGAUAUUGUUGGAAAGAUUUUUUUUACAAUCAUGUUUUUCUUCAUUGUAUUUUGAAUAACUUGUAGAAAAUACACUAUGACACUGUCAAGAAGCA